UCCUGUCUCACUGAUCUGCCCAUUAUCACCAGGCUGGAAUUUCACUCAGUUUCUGCUCCUACACUUUGGCCUGGCAUCCAUUUAUACUUCCAAACGGCUCCGCUACCCAUUUCUAACCUUCCACAAAGGCCUCAACAGUCUUUACUACCCCUCUAAUAUCAUUAAAGAAAAGAAGUUAGGUUAGUAAUUAGGAAACCUUGCAGAACAAGCAUCUAUAGGGCCUAGGAUCUAUUAAAAUCCAACUAGUUUUUGUCUCCAACUCCCUAAACUGAACCAAUCCCCUAACUUUUUCAUCAUUUGCUUGAUGGCAUCUGUGAGGAAAUUACUUUGGUUGGUUCUUGUUCUGUUUGUUGAAUGUUUCAGCUUUCACCUCUGCAUCCAUGGAGAAUCACAAGUGCCCUGUUAUUUCAUUUUUGGGGACUCCUUUGUCGAUAAUGGCAACAAUAAUAACCUUCCAACGUUGGCCAAGGUCAAUUACCUACCAUACGGAAUGGACUUUCCGGCUGGACCAACCGGAAGGUUUUACAACGGUCUAACUCCAGUUGACAUAAUCGCUGAACAUCUGGGAUUCGACAACUACGUUCCACCUUUUGCCACUGCUUCAGAUUCAGAAAUUCUCGAAGGCUUGAACUAUGCAUCUGGUUCAGCAGGAAUCAGGGAUGAAACUGGCCGGAACUGGGGCGUGAAUAUCAACUUCAAUAAGCAGAUAGAAAAUCAUAGAAAAAUCACCUCACGCAUUGCUGGCAUACUAGGAAAUAAGAGAUCAGCUGAUGAUUACCUGAGCAAGUGCUUGUACACAAUUGUAGUUGGAAGCAACGAUUAUAUCAACAACUAUUUCAUGCCUAUGUAUUAUGACACAAGCAGAAAGUAUUCCCCAGAACAGUAUGCUGAUGUUCUUAUUGAUCAGUAUUCUCAAAACUUAAGGAGUCUAUACCUUCUGGGGGCAAGAAUAGUGUCCUUGCAAGGACUUUUACCAAUAGGCUGCACCCCAAAUGCAACACACUCCUAUAAAAGAGCAGCAGCUAUAUGCGUAGAUUCCAUGAAUAAUGCAGCUUAUCUUUUCAAUCAAAGGCUGAAAUCACUUGCCUACCGUCUCAAUCAAGAGUUAUCUGAUGCUAAAUUCAUCUAUUUGAACGUUUUUGACAUACCAUUGACACAAACUUCUGUACCUGGUUUGAACGUUGAAAUCUCAGGGUGUUGUGAAGUGACUAAAAAUAGUCUGUGUAUUCCUAACAAAGCAUCAUGUCAGGACAGGGUUUUAUCAUUGUUCUGGGAUGGAUUUCAUCCUUCCGAGGCGAUUAACAAGAUCAUUGCAGGAAUAACAUACAAGGCUGUUCUCCCGUUUAUCUAAAAACCCAGUAGCAAAUAAUCAAAUUCUUCUAUCUCAUUUCAAUGAAAGAAUAAUUUUAGGAAAUACUAUCAUUUGUAAAAAUCUCUUCCUCUUUGCAGCAUUAAUGUAUGUAUAACUACAUUACCAGAAAAGAGUCUUUGGAGCUAACUCUGGAGGCUUGGGACAUCUAAAUUGGGGUGUAGCCAGGGACCAGCUUCAAUAUCUUUUGGCCCCUAAACCCCUUGAUUCCACCC